UCGGAGAGCCCGUACCUCUUAAUGACAUGCUGCGCGGGUCGGCAUGUUUGUAGUUAGCGUGGCACUUGUUAUGCGUGUGUCUACUCGCAUACUGCGUGCGCAAAUUUCGCAAUGUUCUAUAUUUUGCUGUACACACCGUUACCGAAUUUUCCGCUAUACACAGCAUAAUACCGUAUUUGCUAACACGUUUUAUCAACAAUUACGCCAGCACUGCAUAACCCAUGUUACUGGGUAGGGGCUAAACAGCGAUCAGUAUAUAAGCAAUAUAAGCUCGAGUUUAUUGCCGAAAGGUGCGACUCAGCAGACAAUACUAACCAUGUCUUUUUUGGUACGUGAAUUAUUUGCUUGUUUAUUUGGUUUACUUUAUUAUUUGAACCAAAUUAUUUGCCUGUUCUAUUUAGUUUGCAUUAUUAUUUGAACCAAGCAAUAAAUAAGAAUUGGUUUUGCGUUUGCUCAUGGUUUGCUGCGCGCCGAAGUAGCCUACAUCAAGCCUUGCCAAGACAAGCUCUCUACUUUUAAUCGCAUGGUUUGAAUCCUUUGUGGUCUGCCCAGGCGCUAAGCAAGCAAUCCCGCUUAUUUGUCCGAUUUCCUUUAGUUGCGUUUUAAGUGCGUGUCUACAUCAGCGAUGCCGUACAGCGUGCUUCAUGACGGGCUGCUGCUGCAGUCGCUGCACUGGAGAGAAAUAGAAGACCUGUACUUGCUCCAAAUGGCGGGAUCUUCGGAACCACGGCGGGAUCUUCAGAGGCACGGCCUGCUUGAUUUGGAGCACAUGGACAGCGCCAUGUUCUACCGGUCGUUCAGGUUCCAGAAAGCGGACCUGGACGAUCUGACGGCAGCUCUACUGAUUCCCGAAGAGGUGGAGAGCGCCCAGCGGGUUCGAGUUGCAGGCCGCGAAGCGCUGUGCAUGACGCUGCGCCGUCUCGCCGACCCGAACCGCCUGUGCGACCUCGAAGUGCUCUUCAGCCGCCACAGUUCGGUGAUAUCAAGUGUAGUGUGGAAAGUUUUGUCUCACAUCGAGUACCACUUUGGGCACCUCCUUGCAGACCUCACAGUACACAGGUGGCUCAACGUGCAAAACCUGGAACUGUUUUCCCGGGCUGUGCACAAAAGAAGAGCUGCAUUGAAAAACUGCUGGGCUUUUAUCAGUGCCACAGCACGACGAAUUUCCCGGCCUUUGAUUGGACAGCAGGAGCAGUCCUCUGGCCACAGACUCCAUCGCAGUCAGAAGUACCAAGCUGUGAUAUGCCCCAACGGCAUGAUCUGCCAAUUGGACGGACCAUUUCGGGGUCAGCGUCGCGAUGCUGGCAUUCUGAAGGAGACAGCGCUCUACGCCAACUUGGAGAAGGUCACCCAAGGCCAAGAAUAUGUGAUCUAUGGUGGCCCCACCUACCCACUCUUGCCCCUGCUCUUUACGCCUUUUGAUGGCACACGUUUGCAGCCUUAUGAGGUGCAUUUUAAUAAGCGCAUGGGCACUGUGCAGCAGGCCAUAGAGGUGGGCUUAGACAAAGUCGCAGCAGAUUUUGCAUUUGUUGAUUUUCAGAGGAAUACAAAAAUGACGCACCAGAGGGUGGGGCGAAUGUACAAAGUUGCAACACUGUUGUCUAACUGCCGCACUUGCCUGUACGGCAGUCAAGUGUCGGCACACUUUGACAUCGCACCACCCUCACUCAGAGAAUAUCUCGUGCCAUUUCAAGCCCUCUCAUAGUGUACAAUAAAGUGGUACUUCUGAUGUUGACAUACAGUUACUUGUGCAAAAUACAAGGGGCGGUCACAAAUUUUUGUAACUCAGCUGCAACCAAAAGCUGGACACUGGUUUUUCUAUAUCCUUUGAUCAGCUCAUCUAUCUAGGCAAGCAUGGUCAGAGUAUCGGCUCCGGGUUCCGCCAUUGUUUUGCAUCCGCAAACGUGGCAUAUUCUCAUGAUUUCAAGCUUUAGUGUUGGAGUGUGAUACAGUCUUUAUGCAAGCAGGGCAGUUCUGCCAAGGAAAUUCACAUUAGAAUAGUGAAUGCGUAUAGCACUGAGUGGCCUUCGUAUGUUAAUAUGAUCGCUUGUUGGGUUUUAGAUGCAGCUGUCUGGUUGUGUGAGAUGACCCAAAGUCAUGACAAACCAAUGCUUUGACUGAUUUGGAUCAUACAGCGCAGACUACGAGCCUAAUCAUGAAUCACGGAAUUAAGUAGUCCGAAAUUUCCACAGAAUGGCCCAUUUUGUAUGGCAGUGCAUGCAUAAUUAUGGCUUGGGUGUCCGAAUAUUGAAAUUUGCUCUUCAUUACAAAUACAUAUAUUCUAAAAAAAUGACUACCAAAUAUUGAAUAUAGUAGAAUGUUUUCUAAUUUCUGAAGAAACAUAAGAUAUGAAAUUUGCAUGGGGUCUUUUGGUAAAAAAGGAAGAAAUCAAGCUUAUGUAUUUUGACAAAUGCACAUACAGUCAAACGCUUUUAUAAUGAAGAGCUUGGGUCCUCCAAAAUCCCUCAUUAUACAGGUCACUUCGUUGUAUAGGUCGUGCACUGUAUCGCAUGCAAUAGAGCGAGCUAAGCACGUUCAGAAAAAGAAAACCUUGAUUUAACAUGAAUUAAAGAGACACUUCGUCCGAUGCAAUGUGCAACUGCAGCCGACCUUAUCACAUCGAGGUUCACGGCAUGCUCCACUGCAAAAUCUGCAAGUGACGCAAGGUACAUCUACAGAGCGUUAAAUGCCGCUCUUGCCUCGCUUGUCGUCAGUGUUCUCGUUUCGCCUGCAGGCUCUUCAUCACUGCUAUCUGUGUCGGUCUUCGCCUCCUUCCCGUCCUUGAUGGCUUCGACGAUGUCGUCAGUCAUCAAUUCUGAGCAGAUCAUCACGUUGUCGUCAACCACGAUGUAUUCGUCAGCCGUCACUCCCGCUGCUGUGUUGCAAGAGGCGGCGUACGAGUGGAGAGAUUCAUGUAGCUUUGAAGCAAAACGGGAACAGUCGCCAUCGUCGGUGCGGUUGUCAAGUGCGUCGCUAGCGCCGUCUUCAGCUGUAGCAAAUCCAGCCUUCCGCCAGCAAUUACGCACAACAUCUGGUGGCAUGCUCCACCAAGCACUCGUAAUCAUUUGAAUGGCUUGGCCAACGUUUAUCUUUGUUGGCAGCUCAACCUUGUGGUCCAAGUUUAGCAGAAUUUUCUGCAGCAUUCGUGUGUGGUAGUGUGCCUUCACAGACCUUAUUAUGCCUUGAUCUAAUGGCUGCAACAGGGGAAGUGCAAUUUGGUGGCAAAAAAAAUUACAUUCGCAUGCUCUAGCACCGGGAGCUUGUUGUGUGCGUCGCAGUUGUCAACAACAAGGGCAAUCUUGCGGUUCUGCUGCCGCAUCAUUUUCUCCACUUGGAAAAGCCAGGCUUGAAACAAGUCGGCCAUCAUCCAGGCUUUCUUGUUGGCCACAUAGUCAGCCGGAAGGCUAUGCAUGCCUUUGAAGCACCGUGGUUUUGCAGACCGUCUGGCCACAAGUGGCUUUAGCUGCUCUGUACCCGCAGCGUUGCAACAAAACAGCGCUGUCAAGUGUUGCUUCGACUUCUUGCCGCCUUUUCAACAAUCUGUCUUCUUGCUGAGUGUUUUCUCAGGGAGCAGCUAAUAAAAAAAGGCUGUUUCGUCAGUGUUUAGGAUAUCUGCUGGUCUGUACUCCUGUUGCACAUUGAGCAGCUCCGACUUGCACCAGCUAUCGGCAGGAUCGCUCGAUGCAUUGGCUUCUUCUCCCACUACGGCUUUAAAAAUGAUGCCAUGGUGUUGUUUGAAACUCCUCAGCCAUCGGCUGGUUACCUUGAACAUGCUUCAUGUCUAACUUAUUCAACACUGAAUGCACAAGCAAAUUUCCUGGCCUUCUCGCAGAGCAAAGGUCUGCUGACAGGAACCCUCUUCGCGCUCAUGUCUGCUAACUACGUGUAGACGGUGGCAUCAACAUCAUUGAAAGUGGCGGCUCGAAUCCUCUUCCACAACGGGUCUGUCUCACCUUCUGUCACUUGCACUUGUAUCUUGUCCUUGUCUUUAAGGAAUGUGGAUGGUGUCGAUGCACUGAUCCCAUUCUGGUCUGCAACGUCUUUCUUUUUACGGCCACUCACGACAGCACUGACAAUUUGUGACUUUCUAUCAAGGGAGAACUGUUAGUGCUUCGAUGUUCCUGCGCUGCUUACAUUCAUUGUGGUGAUCCUGAAAUGUUGCACCACACACAGCUCCAACUGCGCCGAGGAACAAAGGGAAGAUGGCUAAAACCACGUCUGUUCAACUCGGUUAGCUGGCACGUAAACGCGUGCGCAUGCAGGGAGAAGGGAAGUGCCGGCAAGCACUUGCUGAAGUUUACGUCAUUUCGUCAGCUCCCAAGUGGACAGGUGCAAAAUGGCAUGCUUCAGCUGCCGGCUUCGUCGGCGCGUUUGCGCGUGUUGUUCAUAGAGAUCGGCCUUGUUCGUUUUCAUGUCUACAGCUCACUACAGUCGACAGUUUCCCACAGCCGACAGCUCACUACGCCACCGAGCAGGAGCACUGAGAUCCUUGCGCCUAUAGUUUUUCUUUUUGCUGAGGCAACUCUAAUGCCGCUCACCAAAAUAUUUGACUGCUCGGCUCCCGUGCACAUUUUUUUCGUGCAUGUCAACCGGUUGCCAUGGAAAGUGCGAACCUUAGAUUCUCCCGCGCGGUCUUUGCUGCAGUGCCGUCUGGUGCUCCCUAUGCGCUCCGCAGCUCACUGGUGGCUGCGGAGGGCAAAUGCAGAGCCGCUACAUGUGUUCAUUGUAAAGGAGCUAACCAGCCAUCGGGGACACCUAAAUUCCUUCAUUGUACAGGCAAAUUCGCUGUGGUGUUCUUCGCUUUAGAGGCAUUCGAAACACACAUGAAAGAUAGGAAUUCCGGCGGGACAUGUGAAAUACUUCGUUAUACAGGUCAUUUCGUUGUAGAGGCGUUCGACUGUAAUGCCAUUUACACUUAGACCUGCUACUGAGGAUCUUGUAAAUGAUAAAGAACUGGUUUCAAUUAUCUGGAGCACCAUAGCAAAAGCAGCAAUGAAACAGUGGCACAACAUGUUGCUAGAUGCUCAUACAGUGCUGUGUUUGCUGCAGGGAUUCUACACCACUGCGCAUUGUUGUAGAGGGAUGCAUACAUAGUGAGAUCGGCCAACUAAUAAACCGUAACUGAUUCAUACUCGAGCUGCCUAAAAGUGAGCUAUGCUUAGUGAACGACCGAAAAUUAUUAAGCAGAAGCUAUCUAUUCCAUGCAUUUGCCUAUAAACUGGUGCCCCUGCACAGCAACCGCAGCUAUUCAGCAGAAUCAGUCGGAACAAUCAUCAUGCCCAUCAUUCUCCCUUGAGACUGCAAUAAGUGUUCUUAUCUCUACCAGAGAACUAAUAUUCGACAACUUCGAAUAGCAAGUUCUCGAACUGAAUGUGCAUUGAACUGGUGUAGCCGACAUGGCCUACUGAACUGGUCUGUUGUCAAUGAGAACUGUGUCUGCUUCAGGGUGUCUGCUGAUGCCUUGUGCACCUUACUUUGACAGCAUAACUCUGAAACUUUAUUUCAUUGUGUCCAAAACUUCUCUAAAACCUCCUUCUAUACUCUCCCAUAGUAGCUUCAAAUUUUCUGACAUUGAUCAAAAUGGGUUAAAGCCAUUUCAAUAAAUUGAUGGAUGUAGUGCUGUCAGUUUUUUCGUACCUUUGUUAUGAGUGAAUGUCAGAUUAAGAUAACAAAGAAUUAUUUCUACUUUGAUUAGGACAGUCGACAGUUCGGCAUUGACCAGUUGUAGUUGUAGUCCGAAAGCGUAGCCUUCACAAAGUGAACUAAGUGCUCAUGGAGGCGACCCUCAACCAGGAUGCACUUUCAGUUAUAAUUUCAGUCUAAUGGAAAGGAGCAGUUAAGUAUGCUUGAACAUCAUUUCAUAUUGUCUAGAUUCCAGUCUCUAGUUUCUUGAACUACUUCUAAAGGUCUGCUUGUUGCUGUGAACAGUUUGAUGUAACUUGUGGAGAGAUGCAAAACACACGGUGCGUGGAAAUGUCUCAGCUAUUAGGCUGAAAGCCAGUUCUAAAUUAAAAGCUCUCGUCACUGCACAAGUAUGGGUGACUGUGUAGGUCUUGGCAUUAACUCUCAAGGUCUGUUGUGGUGACUUGUUCCUGGACUUGUACAGUUGGAUCUCGUUAAUUCGAACACGCUUAAUUCGAACAUUCGUUUCAUUCGAACUGAUGCCGUGGUCCCGUCAAAGUUAUGUCUAUUCCAAAGGGUGAGAACGCCCAUUAAUUCAAAUGCGCAAGCAUUUGUGACAGUUAAUUCAAACAUACUGUGCUCCGACAAUGCUCUCAGCGUGCCAAAUCACGCGGUGGCGCCUCCGACCAGCAUUCCUCAGACCUCGCCAUACAGGAAGAGUUUAGGAGAGACUCCUCAACGUCGUGCACGAAGAAAAAGAAACAAAAACAACUGUUGCGGAAAAUUGUGUGCAGGUGUGCAUCAUCGAUUACUUCUGUUAGUGACGGGUGAGUGACCUGUUAUUGUUCCGGCACCGCCAUGUAUCCUAUAGAGUCAUUGUAUAAGAACUGAAAUUUCUGAUGCAAAAAACCUCCGCUGUCUGAUUUUCUGGACUUUUUUCAAUGACCACAGGUCCGAAACGGCAUUAAUCGAAGCCACCACCACUGCCAUUUUGUUUAUCGCGUCGCCUCGAACCGGCGCUCUCGCACACAGAUCUGCUGGCAGCCGGAGCCACACUAGGCCUAGCUACUUUGACGUUCGCUACUAAGCUUCUUGCUGUUCUGUGCAGUGUUUUUCAUUGAAACAAUUCGCCGCUGUUAGCAAUGGCGCCGACUCUGCCUUUGUAAUCCUUGCGUGUGUCUUCAGAGUGUGGAAAGCACGGCGCGUUGCGCAAUGUUGGUUCCCGAAAGUCAACUUCGCCCCAAUAUAGCAUUCUUACACGGUGAAACAUACUAAAGGUUCAAAGGAGCAAUUGUCAUGGGACAUGGUGUGUUUCCUUUAAUUAUACACACGUGCACCCACCUCCUCCUGUCGCACUGCAAGCACUGUACAAGUGACUGUAACUUGUAAUUACGUGUGAAGAGAUCUUGUGGAACUUGCCACUCAUGUGUUAGCUCAGUGCACAUGCGCCACUGCAGUUAAGUCCUCCAUUCGAUUAGCUUCCUUUAAUUCGAACUUCUUUUAAUACGAACAAAUUUUCGGGCCCCUUCGAGUUCGAAUUAUCGAGAUUCGACCGUAGUUCGUGACUUGUGGUUAGUUCAUCUAACUACUGCAAGCAAGCUGCUCAAUUCAGCACUUUUUCACUGUGGAACUCACUACUAUUUGUUUUAAAAUUGAUGACUUACACACAUUUAUUACAGCAUUCAGAAAGUUUAAUUUGGAUUAAACUUGUCCUACAUCACCUUUGUGUAUAUACUGCGUUAUGUGUGCAUUUGAAUUGUCAUGUACUGUAGUUUAUUAUAGUACUCUUAUUGAUUACGUGUGGAAUUGUUAAAGCAUGCCGCUAUUCUGUUCAAUGUGUUCAUAUUUUCUCUAUAUUGCUCAUUAUGCUUGUUGUAUAAUUGUGUUUUUAAUUCUGUAUGCUGUAUAUACUGUAGUAAAUACUGUACAUACUGUAAUAAAUACUGUACCUACUGUAAUAAAUUCGGAUUCUGAAGUAGUCGUGCUUCAACUUGA